UGGAAUCUGAACAGCUUGUGAGGCUGCUGCUAGCUACUCUAGCCUAGCUGUGCUUCUGAGCAAUGACAUGCUUUGAUAUAGAAAUGCUAUUCCAACGGGGCACAGCGUCUCACUCUCAUCGGCUAGGCUAGCUUGUUGGAGUGGAAAAAUAACUGGCUGCUAGGUAGCGAGGAAUCUGGAUACCAUUUGUGUGACGCUUCUAGACAUUGAAUAUUUCUUAAAGGAGAUAAGAAGAGGUGGUCAUCAGCAAUCAGGUCUACAGAGAAGUAUUAGAGCCCUUGAAGUUCUCAGCUUUGAUGCAGUACAGUGUACCGAGUGCAAGAUGACGGAAGAGGUGAUUGUCAUCGCCAAGUUUGAUUACAUGGCCCAGCAGGACCAGGAGCUGGACAUCAAGAAGAACGAGCGCCUCUGGCUCCUCGAUGACUCAAAGUCCUGGUGGAGGGUUCGAAAUGCCACCAACAAAACAGGCUUUGUGCCGUCCAACUAUGUGGAGAGGAAAAACAGUGCCAGGAAAGCUUCUAUUGUCAAGAAUCUUAAAGACACACUUGGAAUUGGGAAGGUGAAGAGCAGAAAGGGGGGAAUGAGAGACACGGCCUCCAACGCAGACGCAGACAUGUAUGCAGAUAACGGCGAGCGGCUGUACGACCUCAACCUUCCCGCCCUGGUCAAGUUCAGCUACACAGCUGAGCGCGAGGACGAGCUGUCUCUGGUGAAAGGCACGCGGGUGGUGGUGAUGGAGAAGUGCAGUGACGGCUGGUGGCGCGGCAGCUACAAUGGGCGCUCUGGCUGGUUUCCGUCCAACUACGUGACGGAGGACAUGGAUGGGACGGCGGGGGGAGGCGGCAUGGGUGGGCUCGGAGACCCGGCCGGAUCGCUAACGGAGAAGCUGGCCGCCGUGAUGAACAGCACCACAAACGGGAACAGAGUGCUGCACACGGUCCAGGCGCUCUACCCUUUCAGCUCGGGCAACGACGAAGAGCUGAACUUUGAGAAGGGCGAGGUGAUGGAGGUGGUGGAGAAGCCCGAGAACGACCCGGAGUGGUGGAAGUGUCGCAAAGCAGACGGACAGCUGGGCUUGGUGCCUAAAAACUACGUCACUGUGCUGGACUCCAGCUCCCAUAAACCCGGAGCGGGGCCUGCUGGGCCGCCCACACCUGACUGUGACUACAUCUCACCCUCAGGCACCGGGCGCUUCGCCGGAAAGGAGUGGUACUACGGAAAGGUGACGCGCCACCAGGCGGAGGUGGCCCUCAACCAGAGAGGCAUAGAGGGGGACUUCCUCAUCCGAGACAGCGAGUCAUCGCCAAACGACUUCUCCAUCUCCCUGAAGGCGCAGAGCAAGAACAAGCAUUUCAAAGUGCAGCUGAAGGAAAGCCUUUACUGCAUUGGACAGCGCAAGUUCAACUCCAUGGAAGAGCUUGUUGAACACUACAAAAAGGCCCCCAUCUUUACCAGUGAGCAGGGAGACAAACUGUACCUGAUCAAGGCCCUGGCUGCUUCCUGAUCCCUCUCUCUGUUGCACACAUGCCCUUCCACACAGACACAGACAUUACAUUACCUGCAUUCAUAUAUAUACAUACAGAUACUUACGCCAGAACACACACUAACAUUUAAAACUCCAAGCCUGAGGACUUAACACAUCAUCAGGACUUAAAUGCCCGAUUUGUGAGCAUUCCAAGAGGAGGUAUGGAAAAAGCAUGGGAGAGACACGGAGGAGUGGAAGGGGGAGACAAAAAGACUAUGGACUCCAGAGAAUUGACUACAGACCUCUUGGUCGCCUAUUUUAAAUUAUCCAGAUGUGUUAGGUCAUAGGCAAUGCCAUGUAUUUCCACCUUGAUAUCUAUUAGAGUUGCAUUUAGUUUCUUUUUUGUUUUUGUUGAUAAUAUAUAAUCUUUUUAACAUUUUUUUUUUUUUUUUUUUUUAUGUGAUUUUAACUGUAUCCAAUACACAACCACCACCCGUAUGAGUCAUUUUUUUAGAUGUUAGCAAACUAGCCUACAGACAUCUCCAUUUCAACUCAUUUUUUUGUGUUGUCUGUUUUAAUUUGUUCUUUAUGAUUGUGGACACACUAAUCCACAACGUCUGCUAACUGCUAAUCAUGAAUAAAAACGAAGUGACCAAAAUAUAUUUAUUGAUACAGUUCUGUUAGGAUCAUGGUGGUAGAGAUUGGAAUAUCACACUCGCACACAUCUGUGUUUGGGAGGAUUAGGAGGAUUCCUCUUCUUGUUCAACGUCAAACUAGUUCAACUUUCCUUUUGUACAACCGAACUGCUUGUCUCACAUAUUGCUGUAUCCAUAUCAUGUGAAUGUUACAAAGCUGAGGCAUCACAGGCAGCGCGGGGCUGACUUUGCAUGUGUGCAUGCAAACGGAGAGGUGUCCUCAAACCUUCACUGUUCACUCUCUCACUCUCCUAAAAGAGAGAUUGACAGUCCACGUGAGUGUUGGGGAGUUUAACUACAAGUCUAGAGGUCAUGUGAAGAGUCAGAAAGUACUUCAUAGUCUGGAGACUUCCUUGGACUCCCCCACCCCCCAGCCAUUCCCCCCUUAGCUUGAGUGUGACUGACAGCUGAUGCACCCUCCUAGUGUUGCCAAAGGGGAUGUUUUUUUUGCAGUUGAGGAGGAAGAAGGGCAGCGGGGUGGGUGUAUGUUGACAGCAGUACACACACACACACACACACACACACACACACACACACACACACACAAUCUUUGUGGUGGUGGGAGGGGAACUGGAGAAGCAGUCCAGAGGAUGAUGUCACUGCUCCUGAAUUAGUGAUCACUGGAGGGAAUGGAGGAGUUAAGGGGUCACCCAGGGGUGGUGUUUGUACGGUUUCUGUGCAUAUACAUCAAGCUAGGAGACACCCUCGUCCUCCAGAAGGCACAAAGGAUUUCCAGAAAACAAUCCCUUACAGUGAAGUACUGAUAAAAGAAAUGCUUGAUGUUUUAUCUGAUAUUUGGGCUUAUUUGUCUUCCAAAUAUAUGGUCAACGUAAAGUUGUAAUACAGUUCAUCUAAAUGUUUUCCGCAGACCACAUGGCUUAUAUUUACAGUGAAUGGGUAUUUGUUGAGUGAAAAUGGACCAAGUAGUGUUUGAAUGUUAAAGAGGCAGCUAGCACCAGCGCCGGCAAUCAGAGCAGCGUUGGCAGGGAGCUGCUCCAGCAGCGGGCUCAGGGAGAUGAUGAUGAUGAUGAUCACCAUGCUUGUGAUGAGUUCUCCAGCUGUAACCGGUUGGACCUGAGCACAGAGGGAGAGAGAGAAAGGGCGGGGGGGAGGGGGGAUUUCAUAGAGAAGGAAUGGAAAAAUGGACCCUAAAAAACAAAAGCAGUGAAGUAGGAUCUAGGGAGGAGACUUGGAGAAUGUGUUCCACAGAAUAGAGUGUCUGGAUUACCGCUCCCAGUCAUAUACAGCUGGGGAAAUGAACGCAGGCCAAUGCUGAUGUAUUUUAUAGUAAAGAGUAAAGGAAUUUGGAUAGGAGGGCCUUUUAAGGUCUAAUUAAUCCAAGCAUGAAAAAGUCAGUCAUGCGACAAAGAACACAAAACAUGGGUGUGAACCUGUUUUUUUUUUUUAAUCCAUUACCCAGAUGAUUGACAGAGCUAUUCAUACAAGAGCUGUGAGUGUGUUUUCUCUGGGUUUUUUUUUUUUUUUUUUUUUUUUGGAGCUGUAAAAGGUGAAUUAUAAACAGUGAAACAGUUACCUUUCAGUUUGAUUAAUGACGGGUUAAAAAUGGCAAGUUCUAAUUACGCACCUGCAGUACCAGUCAUCAGUUAAUUUAAGUGAGAUUAUAUCUUAUUAAACAAUACAAAAACAACAUUCCUCUUGUUUAAUACCAAACAUGGUUAAGAUCACAAUGUAAAUCACAGGAUUGUUUAUCAGUAUGGCUUGAGUGAUUUUUGUUCAUUUUUGGGUCCCGAAUCUAUAAAAGAAAAUUUGUGCCUGUAUUCCCUUCAUUUCCAUCUAUCCCCUCUUAGUUUCUGUGUUAUCAGUGACCAGAUAAGUAUUUGGGUGACAGGACUCACCUCCUUCACCCAAUCCCUGGCUGUUGUAUUGGUGCCAUGUCUUCUGACACUUUAUGUGAGACAGUGUUUGCUUACAGUAAUAACCAACUGUUAUCAACAACCCAUUUAUUUAUUUUUUUUUGCGUGAAAUUUCCUCCCUUGACUUCCAGUUCUAAAGAAUCUGCAAUAUCAUGCAGCAUUAACGUGACAAACGCCAACGCUAUGUGCCCCAGUUUGAAGGAUUUAGGAGGAGAUUUUAAUGUGCCUUCGCAGCUUUCUGUCAACCAAAGGUUUAGUGUCCCCCUUAUUUUUCCUCCCCACUUGUCACCACUGCGUGCUAUUUGGUUAAAGCUUUGCAUGUGCGUCAGUCUGAUUAGUGAGCGAUGUGUUGGGGGUGUCAUCCUUAAGGGUAUUUCCUCAUUUAUCUGUUGGCUGAAAAUGUUUUUAUCACGCAUAAAAUGCCCAUUAGGUGAUAUUGUGUGUAGUUUCAAGUGACCUUACCUUUGCUGAUUUCAUCACGUAUAACUUCUUCAGUGAACAUUGAAUGCCUAUAUGUACAGUAUAAAAUAUGUGAUGUUCAUUCAGAAACAUAGCGCCCAGGUGUGAUGUAAUCAUGACCUGAAUCUCAUGUAUGAGCACCUCAAGUUAACGGCAUCACAUAUCGUUGGUUGUGAAGAAACUGUCAUGGUUUCCCAGGAAAUAGUUUUUUUUUAAUGUCUGUAUGCAUUUCAUAUAAGACUAGUUUAAGACAUUCACUUUUGCAGUUUAGCCACUUAAAUAUGUAUAAAAGAACUCCUCAAUACUUAAGUGUUUAACUUGAUAUUCAAAUACAGAACUACAAUAUCUCCCUGCAUAGAUAUUGUUAUAAAUUGGGAUUAUUAUUAUUAUUUUUUUUUUUUUCAUUUUACACCAAUGGAGGCCGCAUGAGCAGAGCCUUGUAGCUGUACAGAAAUUGUUUUAAAUCUGCUUAAAAGGACACUGGAGUCAGUUGUGACAGAUAUUAUCAAGAGAUCUUUUAUCAAACUAUUUUUCAUGAUACAUAACUACAGUGCAGCUGGACAACUCUUUGUUUCUCGACUGCUGAAGCAAGCCUGAGAUAACCUUGAAUCUCCAGAUUGAUUUCUUGAUAAUAUUCAGAACAAAUGACCCGUGUUUCAACUUUGGUGCUUUUGUGCUGCUUCUCGGUGUUCUUUGUCUCACAAUGCUUUUUUUCUGUACGAGAGAGAGAGUGAAGAAAACAGAUCCAUGCUGUGGAAUGAUAAAAGGCAGUGCUGUGAAAUUUAAUGUCAUGCUCUUAAUACUGUUUUUAUGGAGGAGAGAUCGUCUUCAGGUGUAAUAAUUUAGAAGAGUUUAUUAGAGUGUUCAAAAGACGUAAUAAACAGCAUAAAAAUGA